AUGGACAAGAUUGAGGCGGCUCGAGCCGCAAAGAUCUUGGCAGAUGAAGAUAUUGCUAGCAAUAGUUCUGAAGAGUCCACCGAAGAUGAGAACGCGGACUUGCUGACUGGGAAAGUCGAAACAAAGAUUUUCGAUACUUUGUCAAGGAUCAAGGCCAAAGAUCCAAGUAUCUAUGACAGCAAAACGACCUUCUUUACUGAUGAUGACUUCAAGGCGGAGGCUGCUUCCAAAGGAAAUCAAAAGAAAAGCGAAGAGAAGUCGACGUACAAGAAUUUUAUUCGGAAAACACUGAUGCAAGAGGGUGCUGAUGCCAUUGCGCGAGAAGAAGAGGAGAUGGAGAGCAAGAAGAAAAAGAAAAACAAGAAGACACCUGCUGAAGAACAAAGAGAUCUUCAAGCGGAAAUCCGUGCCGCUGCAAAUUCUGCCGAAACUGAUGAUCAAGACCUUUUUUCCAUCAAAGAGCAGACUGCUGAAGAAAGGGAACAGCAGGAUGAAGAAUUUGCGCGCUUCCAAGCAAAGUCAGAGCGAAGAGCUGACAACGCAGAUUCAGUGAUGUCGAACUACUGGCGUGCUGAUGAAGACCUGGAUGAAGAUGAACAAUUUCUGCGCGACUAUGUGAUGAACCGUCAAUGGCUUGAGACCGAUUCCUUGCAGCCUGCUUCAACCAAAGACGCAUUGGACAUGGAUCUUGACGAGGAGCAAGAUGAUGACCAUUUGGACGAGGCAGAUGAAUUUGAAAAGGACUACAACUUUCGUUUUGAGGACUUCAAAGGAAUGCAGUUCGGAACUGGUGACGGGGACAAGUCUUUGGAUGAAUACUUCCAGCUCGACUAUGAGGACAUUAUUGGUGGAGACUUGCCGACCAGAUUCAAGUAUCGGAAAGUUGAGCCGAACGACUAUGGCAUUCCGGCACAUGUGAUUUUGUCGAAAACCGGCAAAGAGCUGAACCAAAUGGUUUCUUUGAAGAAACUUCGGCCAUAUCGAGAGGAUGAGGAGGGAUACCAAUCCAGCAAAAAGCGAAAGAAGGAAGGCAAGGGGCAAGAAGGUAAGGGACGAGGAAAGGGAAGCAGCAGAGGUCGUGGGAAGGGGGACGGAGGAGACAAGGUGCAUGCCAAGAAGGGCUCAAAGAAGGAUCGGAAUGAGAAAGGUGACCAGGCAGCUGGAGAUGACAUCUUAAGCUCGACCCGAUUCAAAGCCUACAACCUAGAGGGUGACAAGCGUGCUGGCAAGCAACAAAAGCAGAAAGGCGGUUCAAAGACAAAGAAGCCCCAAAGCUGA